AUCAUCUACCGCGGGCGUGGUUUACGUUGACAAGGCCCGCCUAUUGGCCGGUCUGCGGACUUCCCACAGACAGUUGUAUGUUUCAUAAAAAUGCACUCUGAUGCGGCAAAUUUUCAGCUGAAUUCCCACUUGACUACACUGGCCAGCAUCCAUAAGAUCCACCACACCUUGCACAGGCUGAACCUGACAGAAGACGUUGGACAGGACAGUCAUCCCUCAGCUUGCUGCUCCAGAGCCAUGCCUCCUAAAAAGAGGAGACCCUCUGCCGGAGAUGACAUGUCGGCCAAGAAAAGUCGCCAGGACAGCGUUUACAGAAAACAUGAAACGUCGCAAAUUCGAGAGGAGGAGACAUUUUCUAGUAAAAGAUGCUUGGAGUGGUUCUAUGAAUAUGCAGGCUGUGACGAUGUGGUGGGUCCAGAGGGCAUGGAGAAGUUCUGUGAGGACAUUGGAGUGGAGCCGGAGAACGUGGUGAUGCUGGUUCUUGCGUGGAAGCUGGAUGCCCAGAGUAUGGGAUAUUUUACUCUUCAGGAGUGGCUGAGAGGCAUGGGCUCACUGCAGUGCGAUUCCACAGAGAGGCUGAGGAACUCGCUCGACUACCUGAGAUCUGUCCUAAAUGACAGCACCAGUUUUAAACUCAUUUAUAGAUAUGCCUUUGAUUUUGCUCGGGAAAAGGAUCAGAGGAGUUUGGACUUGAACACAGCCAAGUGUAUGCUGGGCCUUCUUCUGGGAAAGACGUGGCCUCUGUUUCCUGUGUUUAAUCAGUUUCUAGAGCAAUCCAAGUACAAAGUCAUCAACAAAGACCAAUGGUGCAAUGUUUUAGAGUUCAGCAGGACAAUCAACCUGGACCUCAGUAACUAUGAUGAGGACGGUGCCUGGCCAGUUUUGUUGGACGAGUUUGUGGAAUGGUACAAGGAAAGACAGAUGUCAUAGCUGCAGAGCGAAAUGGAAAAUGGGGGAAAAAAUACAACUGUGACAACAACGACUCUGAGAAAUCUACAACCAACAAGUAAAACAAUACAAAAAGCAGUGACAGUGGGUGCUUCCUGGGAAAGGAGGGGUUCGGGCUGCGGGUGGGCUUGGGUGGGGGUGCUGGGUUUUGCAGGCUGGGUGCAAUGCUGCCCAGAGCGCGGAGGCGGAGGGGCUGUCAUAGUGGAGUUAUGUUCCCUACCGAAGUUGCAUAGUGGGCAAGCUUGCAGCAAUCCCAGCGGCGUUGCUCUCUCUCACUGUGACAUGUCAUAUUGCUGUGUGUGUUAGGAUAACAUGGUAUCAUAUGUGGAUGAUGGGAGCAGAAUGGUUUUGUGUGGGAGAGCCACUCCACCCCUUGUCUUCAGCACAGAGAAACCAACAGAAGUGACCAUUCAUGCAUCGUGUCUGAGUCUUAAACAGGGUCAUUUGGACCUGGGCACAUUUAAGUAUUAUGUAUCUGUGCAAUGAACUUGAACUUGAGCUUUUCUGGACAGAUGGCACUAUUACAUACUAACUAUUGUUUUCAUAUUUUGGUUUGAUAGGAGUACUUCAAGAAGCACACUGUGUCAAAUGGUUGAUUGCAGGAUUCUGAUGCCUGUGCUGUUUACUAUUGAUUUGUGCCAGUUAUUUCUUUUCCCUCCAACUUUUGUUCCUGAUUGCUGUUUUGCUCUAGCUAGCGCUUACUGUUUUGCUAACCCCCUGCAAAGGCUUCAGACCUCAUAACACCAAACAAAUCAGCGUUGCUGCUUACUAACUCUUAUUACAGUACAGCGGUGAGCCACUAGUGCUCUGAUCAGCAUUUAUUGGUUCGAUGACCAAUUAAUGUAUCUACGUUGUGUAGGUAAGAGUAUUAUUGUGCCUCAAAACAUGGAAGUCACUUUGUGUGUCCCACACAGAUACCAACAAAACCCAAAUGUAUAUACACGUGAGAAUACAUACAGAACACACGCACAUGUGCACACAGACACACUGAGUGGUCAGGGAUUAUUUCAGGAUGAAUUCAGACUGUUUGGGCUGUGUUAUAAGUUGACAUAGAGCUAGUUGGUGUCCAUUUUGUCUUGAUAUGUGACAUCUGUUUGUCUUCCUUAGUCCACUGAUAGUUUCAGGUCUCUCUUACCAGUAGCAUCUCUCCCAACACUGACAGUGUUAAUAUAACUGCAGUGGAAGACCAGUGACCCUCUCAGGAUGAGGUCCGUUAGGCUUGAGUAGUGAGUUAGGUUUGCUGAAAGCAUUGCUUCAUACCACCCAUAGGACGUAAUCAAAACAGUGGACACUGACAGUUUGGAACUGUGUGAUGAUGCUAUGCUGUUCUUUUCGCCUAGUAUAAUGUUCUUGUAACACAUGUAUAAAUUUUUGUCUUUGGCUGUGAUGUGAUGCUGAAUUGUCAGAUUUAAUAUUUGCAUGCAUGCUCCAACAAGAGCCUUUUGUGAAUGGAUGAGAUUUUUUGAAAACAUUUUUCAAACAUGUUUUUGUUUUGUACAGGAAUUUGUGCAAGUGUUUUGUGCUUAAUUUGAUAUACACAAUCAUGUUAUUUUAAUUCUGAUGAAAAAACAUGAUUGUGUCUAUUAAGACCUGGAACACACCUGUAACCUCACGGUGGAACAGGAGUUCCCUCCUGCAUUUACCCCAUCUCACACAUCCUCACACAUGCUGUAAAGCUCUGACAAGCUGCAGCCAUCACGUGAGAUCUCAUUUUAUUUAUUGGAAUUACAUACAGUAACUUGUUUUUGCAACUUUUGCACCACACGGUCAUGAUACACAUCAAAAUUGGUUAUGAAGUCCCAAGCUUUCAUUGAAAUCCACUGCAGCUGAAAACCUCUGUCAUUACAACACGUCAAUCAUCAGCAAACUCUAAGAUUGAAGUAGUUGUUGGGUUGCUUACCAAAUACUGUGUAGAGAUCAAUGUUUUAGUAUUCUCCCAUGACAAUGCAGGAGGAUGAACAGCCUUGUCCCAACUGUAUAUAUGUAUGUAAACUAUGUAAGUGUCUAUAUGUCUGUUUUCACUAUAACCAAUGUCUAUAUACAUAAAUAAAAGGGUUUAUUAACUUA